UUUAUACCCUAAAAUAGAAUUUUAGUUCCAAAAUCAAAAACUGACACUAAAGCUCAUCGCAAACUUGAAAAAUACGUAGGCAGAAAGCAUACAGGCACUUUUGCCCAAAGCCAAACCGGUCGUACCUAACUUCACUCGCAUUUGAUUCUACGAAGGUCAACUGUCUGCGAGCUAGCUCAGAUGCGCACAGAACGCAGCCGCGACCGACCGCUCGCUCCGGCCACGUGAAAACUUUUACGUCACCAAAUAACUAUAAAAACAAUACUUAAAACAAACAAAACUUUAUCUUAAACAUUUAGAGCAAUUUUAAGUUAUCGUGUACAAAUAGUGUUCAUGUUUCAGUUUAAAUUGGUAAAGUUCAAGUAGAAAGUUGGCAUUGCAUUGACAAUCUCACAAACACAGCCUGCAUGUGUUACGCUCUUAGUUUUGUGCACAGUGCUUAUGUGGGGUUUUUGAACUGUAUCCGGAAUUUUGAAGCUGUUUGAAGACACAUCCAUCGCUGUAACAAAAAGACACAAGCUGUUUGCGCUGUCUGCUGAAAAAAUUCUCAAGAUAGCUCCUGAGGAUCCUCUAGCCGCGUCUUUUUAUAAGAUGUGACUAAAGCCCACUAUGGCAGCCACGGACGGCCAAGUCGUAGUCGCAGCAUCCCGCUGGUCCGAUGAAGGAAACUACCUCCGGGAGUAUGUCGCUAAAUACCGGCUGCCCAAUGUCGCCAAGAUCAUCAAGGGACAGUACGGCGGGCUUGGCGUGCCCACUUUGCCAAGCCCUAGUCUACAGAGCACUGCCUUGCUUGUUUCAGCGGGAAAGAGCAAGAAAAUAAUAGCACAAGCCAUCAAACUGAAAGAAGGACGACGAAUGGUCAGUGUCGGACCACGGAUCGCCAUCCCAGAGACAUACAAAGGCUAUUUUGAGUUACUUAGCGAGGAAGGGAGAGCAGUCAGAUGCAUAGAAUCUGUAGCAGAACUAGCUAGGAGAAGGCUCGAUGAUGGUUGUCUUGUCAGGGAACCUAUCAGAGUAAUUUGUGGUAAAACUGAUUUAGAAGGAACUGUGACCGCUGACGGUGCAAGAAAUUUACCAGCAGGUGAAGUCAUCAUGCCUAGAGGGGAAAUAUACUUAGGGAAAAACAAAUAUUUGAAGUGUACGGAUUCCAAAGGAGACGUCGUUCUUCUUAGCUUGGAUCAAAGAGGAAAAUUCUCUGCCGUCGCCAAGGAAGAAAAUAUAAGUGGGGUUCAUACUGCAAAAACGUUACUGACAAAACGACUGCCUAUCACUGUGAGACUUGUGCAUGGUACCCCUCCUAGAGGCUUAAAAAGUUCGAACCAUUUUGUCCCAGAAAUUCGACUCCUAUCUAUGUUCGAAGAAGAGCACGUUUUCGCCUUACCGUUGCAAAAAGAAGGAAACGCAUUAGUAGGUUUGCCUUUAGCUGCACCAAUCAAAAUGUUGAGAUGCAAAAACGAAGAACAGAUAAAAAACUUUAUGGAAUUUUCUAGGCUCGUCGAUAAAUGUAAUCGCUUGUUAAUCGAAGUGGUUGAUAGGAUACACAUAUUAGAUGGAAAACUGGGCGAUCCUAAAAGGCUUUUGAAUGCUCCUCUUCAUGCGCCACCGUUACUUAAAACUGGGUAUUUCUUACGGAGAAGUGCAUCUUCAGACACGGCCAAUCAACAUAAACAUUUGUCUAGGCAUAGCCAUAUUUACAGUAGCCACAGAGAUGAGAAUAGCAUUCCUGAUGAGAACGAAGAAAUCGAUCGGAUCUACGAUUACGUACGAGGCUUCGCUCCUCUUCCUAAGAACAUAAAAGCAUCUUACACAAAUGAACCAACUCUAAAACACGAAACUGCUCCAUCUUCUCCUGCAGCUACGCCUAUCCACAUGCCUUUAAUAACGGAGAUUAAACCCGAGCCACCUCCAAUAGAAACUAUUCCAUCCAAAAAACCUCUAAAUCAGAAAGCAGAGAAGAGAACGCGAAAAACUGCCGUAACUACAAAAGAAGUUCCCAUAACAGUUUAUAAAGAAAAAUGUUCCAUCGCCCCGGCGCCGAACCUCCCUAAAUUGUAUAUCAAAAACGGUAUCAGUAAUAAUAAAAGUAGGAUGGUUUUCAGACAGAAAAGCAACUCACCGACUAAAGAGUCUCCUAGUCCUAUAGCUAGUCCAAUCAGACCGUUAACGAAAGGCGAUUCCCCGAUCUUCAAUAUUAGGUAUAAGAGUCUUUCAAACAUUCAUCAAGCUAUGGAACUUGAUGGCACCCUAGACUCGAGCCACUCAGGAGGUCGGACAUCUGGGGACUCGGGAAAUGGUCCCAAGCUUCCCGAAAAGAGAUCAAGGAAACUUAGCAGGCCUAAAUCUCUCACUAAUCUGGUUUGGGAGAUGAAAGGUUGUCCGGUAGAAACAGUAGAGAAGCCUAAGGUUCGGAGUAAAAAUGAAGGAUACAAGAAGAUCGGAAACAAGUUGUCCCUAGGAGCACAGAAGAGGGUACCGACGUUGUAUCUCUAACUUCUUGGGUGCAAUGGUGAAGAUCUUCGAAGACGAACGAGACAAGUAGUUAUCUCCGGACUGAAGUGCGCCUGCAGCCAACACUUGAGCGUAGACCAAGGACGAUUUAACACCUGAAGUAGAUCGCACUGUAUGACCCCGUAAGGUCUAAUAUUUUAAUUUCAGUACCAUUUCGUACCUUGUCACAGUGACAAUAGUAAGAGGUCCCUAUUACCGACUUUCAUAUUGAUUGUCACUGUGACAAGGUAAGAAAUGGUACGGAAAUUAAAUUCCUUGAUUAUACAGUUACUAGGUGGUCAAGCGCUAAAUUUUGACAAUCUAGUUACCAAAACGCGUACUUGAGAUGUCAACUUUUCAGCUACAAUAUUUUGCACUAAUUUACGCGUCUUAUUAUUCCUUUAUAUAUGACUUGAGCUAUCACCGUCACGUAGUAACAUUGUAUAUUCCCCUUGAAACCCAGCCCCUACUUGGCAGAAUACACAACUUUGUUAAAGGUACGCAAUGUUGGAUAUAACUUUUUCGCAUAACGAUAUGUUUCCUAUAAGUAGUCUAAACGUAAAUGAUCGUUAACAUAAAAAAAUCGAAUAUGCUAAUCAAACGACGUGCACCUAGUCGUGGAGUCUUCAAAAACCCGAUUAGAUUAAUUUGAAAUACCGUUUCAUGUUUCAAUUUUUUUUUUUCAUGAAAUAAAUUUUGCUCGUUACUCGCUCGUCCGAGUGCUCGUCUCUCUCCCAACACAUGUCAUAUAAAGAUGACAGCUGAGGAGGGUGGCAUCUAAUAAUGGGUAUUAGCAUGUCGAACACUGAAUAGGACGUUUACCUUACACUAAACAUCAAAAACUGGUUCUUCCUAUCAUUAAUGCUAACAAGCCUUCAUUAUUAAUUUACAAACGAACGAUUUUUACUUCACACGAGUUGGUGCGAAGUAAUCCCACGAUACAUUAUUUCUUUGUUAAAUAUAGUCCAUUAUAUUCUGACAAAGUAAGUCUAUAGGAGCCGAAAAUGGUUCAGAAUUGUUACGGUUUCUUUAAAUACUCAUACAACGACAUAAUCGACAGGUAAAAAGUCCAUGAACUAUUUAAUACCCUGCCAAUGUUAAUAUAUGUUAAAUACUCGUAAAGUUUACAUAUAUUUGAAU